AUGCCAAAAGGGAGCAGAAAAGGAGUUAAAGAAUAUGAAAAUGAUGGUAGACCUCCAGAACUAACGUUUGCAAGCUUUCUAACUGGUUCUCUAACGUCUCAAAGCUCGCAAGUUCUUGAUGAAAGUUGUUCGGAAGACUCCGGUGCCAGCACAGCGACUCGUGGUGCUGUUGGUUUCUCAGGUCUUGGCUCAGGAGCAGAAGCUAAUUUGAAACAAGGGGAAACAUCAGAAAAAACCCUUGGAUUUUUUGUACAAAGAACAAAGAAAGGAAAACUGCCUAUUUCGUAUGAGAAUCGCGCCAAGGGCAAAAAGGUCACAGUAAUCGCCAAUGUGUCGGGGGAUGCCAACAUAUUACUUCAAGAGUUGAAAAAGAAAAUCGGAGCUGGAGGAGUUGUUAGAGGAGAAACUGUAGAGUUACAAGGAGAUCAUCAAGUUCAAGUGGAAAAAUUUUUACUAAACCACAAAUCUUGUUUAAAGUAG